CAUAAAACAUAAAAUCCCAAGGUCCAAAUCUGAAAUUUUUUGAAGAAAAAAUGCUCAGCUCUCAGCUCAAUGAAGAAAUCCCCAAUUUCAUGAAGAAAGAAUGCUCGGCUUAGCUCAACUCAUUGAAGCUCCAAAUCUGAAAUUUUUCACAAAGCAAAACUGCAAAUUCUUGUGAGAACAAACGCUUCAGUUAAGAAGAUGAUUUCUUAAAUCUUCAUCACAUUGAAAGGAUUUUGUUGGAAUAUAGUUUAUCAGCGCGCAGUUCUAUUACGUACAUCAGUUGAUUCUUUGCCCUAUGGGAUUCAUGGCUGUAACUCCAGCGUAUAUACAAAGAUUGUUAUUGGUUGUUAAUGGAGGAAGUAAAGCUCAAGAAUAGAGAGUAUUGUUGGAUGUUUGGAAUGAGUGCUUUUCAGGAAGAUGAUGAUAAGAGUAAUAAGGAUGGUACUCUAGGAACUGGAGAGAACGAUAGGAAUGCGGUCAUCAGUAAUACGUAUGGGGUUCAUGGUUGUAAGUCAAAGGCAAUGGUGCCAUUGCCGCUUACGAGGUUCUGUCAUGUGCAUAUGUUGUCAGAUUCCAAGCAGAAGUUGUACAAGGCUUGCAGUUUUGCCAUCAAAAGGGAGAAGGAUGAUUACGAGGUGGUAAGGAAAGUUGGGAAAGGGAAGUAUAGCGAGGUGUUUGAGGGAAUUCACACUACUAAUAAUGAAAAAUGCAUCAUCAAAAUCCUUAAGCCAGUGAAGAAGAAAAAGGUGAAUCAAUGGAUCAGCGUUUAUGGAAACAAAGGGAGCACAUAUCAACAUGCGAAAUGGAGGUGAUCAAAUUUGAAGGGUCGCCGCAAGUCAAUUUGAUCCCAUUGAAGUGGAUGAUGAAGAGUUUUUGAACUAUUGUAAAAGUUUGAAUACAUUAUAUUUGAUUUUGUGAAAUAUAUUCAUUGCUAGAAUAUUAUUGAACUAUUGUUAAGAGUACUUUUUGAACUAUUGUGUACACAUAUUUAGAAUAUUGCUUUAUAAGUAUGUGUAUGUAACACAAGACAUACUAUCUUUUGAAGUUCAUUGCAAAUCUAUAUAUUUGAAUUA